GUAAGUCUACGUAAGUGACGUAAACUAAAACUGAGGAGUGAGAUCUUUUAUGAUUAGUGACACUUUGCAGUGUUAUAAACAAAGCUCCACGUCUUUGUAUUGCUUUGUCACAAUGGCUAAGCAGUACUCUGUUGAGUUCUUCACAUCUUUGCUGGAGGCAGUUCAGAAGUUAUGUCGAGAAUAUUUAGACUUCGACCAGUGUGUGGAUGUCAGCGGCUACCUUGCCUUGGAAAUUGACAACUACAAGAAGGAGAGAUUUGUGAUCAGUGAGCUUCUUCAGAAAAGUGGUGAUUUCAUGAGUGAAAGUUACUGUACUAAGGCAUUCAAGACUUCUCGGAAGACAAUUCCUGGCAAGAUGAGAAAAACCAGUAAUUCCUCAUUGCAUGAAGAACUUUCAGAUUCAUUUCCAUCACAUCAUAAAUCAACAGAACAUCUGGUUCCUCAAGUUGUGUCUACCAACUCUUCUGCUACACAGACGGACAGUGAGGGCAUCAGCUUUUUGACUGCAGGUUCAUCGGUGUCAACAGGCAGUGCUGCCACCCAAACCAACACUGACGUCUGUCUGUGUACAGUGUCAUCAGCUUCACAGACGUACACUGACCAUGACUCUGCCCUGACACCAGGGCCACUGGGUUGUACUGUCAAUGCAGGGUCCCAGACGCUGAAUGAUGAGGACAGUUCUCUGAUGCCAGCUACCCAUGUUUCAACAGUCAGUUCUGCCUCACAGACGCACACCGACUAUCCUUUAGCAGCCAGUCCAACAGCUUGUGCAGCUUCACAGACUGACAUUAAUGGACAUCGUUCUUUGUCUGCAGGUUUGCCUGUUUCCACUGCAAGUGCUUCAUCUCAAACUCCAGCAACACUUGUGUCCACCACAAGUGCUAUGUCUCAGACGAACGAUGAAUAUUGUCCAACGUCAGCCACACCGGUGUCCACCACAAAUGCUAUGUCUCAGACGAAUACUGACUAUUGUUCAAUAUCAGCCACACCAGUGUCCACCACAAGUGCAAUGUCACAGACGAUUACUGACUAUUGUCCAAUAUCAGCCACACCAGUGUCCACCACAAAUGCUAUGUCGCAGACGAAUACUGACUAUUGUCCAAUAUCAGCCACACCAGUGUCCACCACAAGUGCUAUGUCACAGACAGACUUUCACUAUUGUUCAUCAUCUGAUACUUCAGUGUCUACUUCCUCUGCUGCCUCUCAAACAAACACUGCCAGUGAUCAUCAUGUUCUGACACCAGAUAAGUCGGUUCCUACCGCAACACCUAGUGCUGCUCCUCAAACGAACAUUAGUCAUGACCGUCUUCCGAAAACAAAGACCUCAGUUGCUGGCUCUCAAACAAACAUUGAAGGCAGGUGUUCUCGCACAAAAGUUCCUUCAGUUCCCUCAAGCAGUGCAGGUUCUCAAACACAACUUGGUGGAAAGCUUUCUCAGAAGUCAGUUCCAUAUGUUUUACUUGAACGAUCUGAUGUGAAGCUACCUGUAGUCUCAGUAAAUACAUGUAGCAGUAAACGUGUUAUGUCAAAUACAACUGUUUCAGCAUCAACCUGUAGUUCGAACGUAAAAAGAGUUAGAGAUCGCCCUUCUUCAACACCUGAAGCUAACGGCAAGCAUGGCACAAAACGCAGCAUUCAGACCACUGAAAAUAUUCUUGGCACCCAGCAGAAAAUGGCUAAAAAAGCUGUUGAAUCAAAAGGAUCUGGUGAUGUAGUUAAAAAAGUUGUAGAGAAGCGACGUAUCCAUAUAGGCAGACGUACCUUUGUGGAACCUGUCAAGAAGAAUGUUGAUGCUGCUGCUGCUGCUGCUGCAGCCGGCAAGAACCCCAAAGAUGUAGAGAGUGUUGUCCAGGCGACAACAAGCCAAAUUACCAUGACACCAUUUUCAUGGGAUGGUGAUGUCACAGAAUCAUCUUCCCAAAUUUGGAAGACAAGAAGCUCGGAUGAAAAACAAACAGAUGUUUAUUUUACAUCAGGAACUCAAGAGUCUACACAGUUUAUGAAAACAUCACUUUGUGCAAGACAUCGUUACCCAUUUAGUGGUGUAAGAGAGCAUCCUAAUUUUCAAAAAGCAGUCGCUUCAGUGCUGCAGCAGAUUCCAGCACUUGGCUCAGCUAAAGAGAGAGUAGAAAAAUGCAUGUUGUUUGCUGAUCGGGAGAACAGAAAGAGAUUGCUGGCCAAAAAGACAAGCCCAGGUAUUUCCAGCGUUCGGCAGAGUUCUACUGAUGUGGAAUCAUCACCAUUUGAAGCUGCCCCUACUCAGACUGAUUUUGCAAAAUGUCCCACAUGUUACACCAGUGUUGGUGACAGACGGGUGAUAGUGUGCACUAGCUGUGACGGGGUUUACCAAAUAGCUGGAGAUGACAUUAUCAAGACUGAGCCAAUGGAUGACAAUGAUGUAACACUAACAGAGGAGAUUGAUACUACACUGCAGACUGAAAUGGCAGAUUUUAGUGAACCAAGUGAGUUCGAGGAAGAGGAAGAGGAAGAGGAACAGCCUAUAGGAACUCAAAGCCAAUUAGAAAUCCUGUUGAAAAUAUUCGACUGCAAGUCCAAAGCUGAGCUUGUUCAGCUAGCCCAGAAAGGCAUUCCUCGGCACAAGCUGUCGGACACUCAGAAAACUCUCCUCGACUCCCUGUUUUACACAGCAUUUAAAACAGACCGCAGGCUUGUCAAUCAGGACGAUUCUGGGAACAAAGUGUUGGGUGAGAAAAAAACCGGACCGAUCAAAAAAGUUUCACCUAGUUAA